AUGGCCUCUCACGAAAUCAUCGAAGUUGCAGAAUCACCAAAUUUGAACCAAGGCAUUUCCUUAUGGCGGAAUCCUUCACUUUAUAUUCGCUCAUCCAUCAAAGAGAGAACAUUACAUAUAAAAAAGAAUACAUCUCUAUCAGAAUUAAGUGGCAGUCUCGGAGAUUUAGGCACUUUACUUCCCAUCUUAGUAGCUCUUUCGAUCACUGGACAAAUUUCUUUGACCGCAUCGCUUAUAUUCGGAGGUCUAUGGAACAUCACUAGUGCUAUUGCGGCGGUAGCGAUCUCGAUACAAUUAUCAAUAGGUGAAGUCAUGUCGGCAGGUAUUGGUGUUGGGUCUAUGAUAUUUAUUCUUGGCAUCACUAGAACUAUCAAGAUCAUCGAAAAGUGGACACCCAUUCCAAUCGUCAGAGGUAUUCAGUUGGGUGCAGGCAUGAUUCUAAUCAUAAAAGCUGUCGAACUGGUUCGAAAAAGCGGUAGUUGGGGUGGUAGUUCUUGGAAAUGGAAUGAUAACUAUGAAUGGGCCAUGCUAUCGUUCAUAUUCGUAUUUACGUUUUAUUCAUCUAAAAAAACACCAACGGCAUUAAUUCUAUUUGUUUUUGGGCUAAUAAUCGCAUUUAUAAAAGUCUUUGAAUCUGGUAGUACAUUACCAUCGGCCUCAUUUAAUUAUCCCGAAAUUGUUGUCCCAACCCUAGAAGAAUUUAAAACCGGAUUUCUUAGUGCAUCUCUUGGUCAACUUCCACUGACAGCUCUCAAUUCUGUUAUCGCAUUGUCGGUAUUAGCUAAUGAUUUGUUCCCGGAACGGUCCUCAUUGAACACUGUUGAAAAAAUUUCAAUUUCCGUCGGACUUAUGAACAUUAUUGGAUGUUUUUUUGGCUCUGUUCCAUAUUGUCACGGAUCAGGUGGACUCGCUGGACAAUACCGUUUCGGCGCAAGAUCCGAAGUUAGCGUUUUGAUCCUUGGAUUUUUUAAAUUAGUCCUGGGGAUAUUAUUUGGAAAGACUUUAACCAAUCUCCUAAAUUACUUCCCUAAUUCAGUUCUUGAAGAAUUUUGCCCUAGUGAUCGUAACAGCAGGAUUAUUGGUCGGCUUCCAAAAUGA